GAAUAAUGCCAAGUAUUAGUUCUAGUGAAAGCUGAGCAGCCUAGAACCUUCCAUUUUUGCUAGCUUAAUUCUAUCUGUAAGUAGGGGAAAAUAUUCUUGACUUUGAGGGCCAGCAGAACCUUCUUCGCUUGCCUUCAAAGGAACAGGCCUUCAAGAAUUGGCAUACUUUCAUACUUACAUGGCCUUUGGAGGCAGAAGUCGUUUUAUGAGUGUUGCCAGAUGUUCCAGAUGCAGCAGUCAGAGACAAUUCGGAUGUACCAGAGGGCUUAGUGCCAGGUGAAAGUAAGGUAGCAAGGCUGGAUUGUGCAACAGGAUUUCCAGAGGUAGACAAAGACGGUCCAGGUGCACCAGAGGGCUGAGCUCUGGAUGGAACUGAGGAAGCAGAAGGGGGUUGUGCAGAGGCACCAGGUCUUCCAGAUGCAGCCAAAGACAAUUCAGAUGCACCAGAGGGCUGAGCUCUGGAUGGAACUGAGGAAGCAGAAGGGGGUUGUGCAGAGGCACCAGGUCUUCCAGAUGCAGCCAAAGACAAUUCAGAUGCACCAGAGGGCUGAGCUCUGGAUGGAACUGAGGAAGCAGAAGGGGGUUGUGCAGAGGCACCAGGUCUUCCAGAUGCAGCCAAAGACAAUUCAGAUGCACCAGAGGGCUGAGCUCUGGAUGGAACUGAGGAAGCAGAAGGGGGUUGUGCAGAGGCACCAGAUGUUCCAGAUGCAGCCAAAGACAAUCCAGGUGCACCAGAGGGCUGAGCUCUGGAUGGAACUGAGGAAGCAGAAGGGGGUUGUGCAAAGGCACCAGGUGUUCCAGAUGCAGACAAAGACGGUGCAGAUGCACCAGAGGGCUGAGCAUUGGGUGAUUGAGCAAGGAAAUGCAAAGGUUGUUGAGCAGUACCUGCAACAGUGCUGCUUUGUGAAGGAGAACCGUAAGGUUGUGCAGCAGGAGGAACGUAGACUUGUGGUGAAGGAUCAGCAGGGUGAUGGGGGAAUUUCAGGUCCCCUGGCUUCACUGCAACAGGACAUCUACGACGGAGACAUGAAAAAAUGGGAAGAGCACUUCCACAGCAUCCAAAGGGCCUACAAGGAAUUUGGCAAAGAAGACGACUUUGCCAUUCGGCCACUGCACGCCACCACCCAGGCUUUCUUCAAGAAGAGACGCUUGGAGCAGUUGGCACUCACCUAUGCCAGCCAAGCCUCCAUCACUGGGCCUGCAGGGCUACCAACCCCACCAGAAACCAGCUCCUCCUUGCGGCCAGAUAUCAUGGUGAUCACCAGCGUGCCGUGUAUGGCUGCCACGUCCACGGAGCCAUCUUUUCUCCUGCAGGACAACAAAAGUCAGCAGACCCUUCAACCUGCCCCCAUCGGGGACGGCACAAAUGCAGAUGAACAGACCGCAGUGGCCAUUGCCAGUGUCCAGCAAGCAGCUUUUGCAGACCAUAAUAUUCAGUACCAGUUUCGAACAGAGAACAAUGGUGGACAGGUGACAUACAGAGUAGUUCAGGUGACGGACAGUCAGCUGGAUGGACAAACGGAUGCAACGGGGGCCGUUAGUGUGGUCUCGACCGCAGCUUUCACCAGUGGUCAGCAAGCUGUUGCUCAGGCGGUGAUUCAGAACCCUUUCAGUAAUGGUGGGAGCCCAGCCACAGAUGCUGUGAGCGGUGAAGCCCGUUUUGCAUACUUCCCUGCUUCCACCGUGGGGGACGCCACCGCAGUGUCCGUACAGACAACCGAUCAGUCACUGACACAAGCUGGAGGUCAGUUCUACGUGAUGAUGACCCCCCAAGACGUGUUGCAGACGGGAACGCAACGUACUAUAGCUCCCCGCACCCACCCCUAUUCCCCGAAAAUGGACGGGAAUCGAACGCCCCGGGAUGAGAGGCGAAGAGCUCAGCACAACGAAGUUGAACGGAGGAGGCGGGACAAGAUCAACAAUUGGAUCGUACAGCUGUCAAAAAUCAUUCCAGACUGCAAUACAGACAACACCAAGACAGGGGCGAGCAAAGGGGGCAUCCUCUCCAAAGCCUGUGACUACAUCCGGGAGCUGCGCCAGACGAACCAGCGUAUGCAGGAGACGUUCAAGGAAGCCGAGAGGCUUCAGAUGGAUAAUGAUCUGCUACGGCAACAGAUCGAGCAGCUGAAGAACGAAAACGCCCUUUUGAGAGCACAGCUUCAACAGCACGGAAUUGAAAUGGUGGGCGACGCCCCAGGGCAGUAGCCCCUUUUUUUCGCCUCUGCCUACACGCCGAACGAAUCUCAGCAUCUCCAGUUCUUCUGGGGGGUUUUUUUUAAUAUAUAAACCGAAUCCCCUCUGAA